AUCUAUGUGUGAGUUUGUGAGAGAGAGAGCAAAAGAGAGGAACACAGAAAAAGACAAGCACAGAAAAGCCGAACAAGGAAUACAAUGCGCAUGAUGCUAAAGAUAAGAGGAAAUGUAAACAGCUUUUUCUGAAUCUCUCUACAUCUCUCUCUUAUCCUGCAACAUCCUGCGUUUUAAGAAAAGUAGCAUUUAGCUAAAGUGCCUCUGCAGCUGCAGUCAGAGUGAUCUCAUCAUCUGAGUGCAACAACACCGAAUUCAAAUUUAGCGAAGAGAAGCGUGAGUAAGGAUUUUGUGGGGAACUCCCGCCAAAGAGGGAAAGCGACUAGAAAAAAAGCACUAUUAGGGGUCACACUGUGACAGUUUGGGCCUGAGGGAGAUAGCAGAGAAUUGAGCCAAAGAGGUAAGAUGAGUCUAAGAAACUGUCACACUCUGACCUCCAAUGAACAGGAUUUGACCAGCAGCAGUAGCCAAGCCCCGUGGGAAGAUGCUGGGACAGUUUUGAAGCCCUCCACCCUCACCAGGAAACCUAAACCACCCAAGCCAGAGAAUGCUAUCACCAUUGGUGUGUCAGCACGAGUCCUCUUCAACAUGGAGAAGGAGCAGCAGAUCUACGAGCAGCAGGGCAUGGAAGAGUACAUUAAGUAUCAGGUGGAGCAUGAAACGCAGCCUUUCAGCCCCGGUCCUGCCUUCUCUUUUGUCAAGGCUCUGGAGGCUGUGAACACUCGACUGAGGGAGCUUUACCCGGAGAGCGAGGAGCUCUUCGAUGUUGUGCUCAUGACCAACAACCAUGCAUACGUCGGCCUAAGACUCAUAAAUACCAUCAAUCAUCACAAGUUGUUCAUCGAGCGCUUCUGUAUGACAGGGGGAAACAGUCCUAUAGGUUACUUAAAGGCCUACCACACUAACCUUUACCUGUCUGCUGAUCCAGCCAAGGUUCGGGAAGCACUGGAAGAAGGUAUAGCAGCAGCCACGAUGUUCACCCCAGAGAAGAUCACAGAAGUGUCGGAGACUCAGCUGCGUGUGGCUUUUGAUGGUGACGCCGUCCUCUUCUCUGAUGAGUCUGAGCGCAUUUACAAGGCCCAUGGACUGGACAAGUUCUUUGAGCAUGAGAAGGCACACGAGAACAAGCCUCUGGACCACGGACCAUUGAAAGGUUUCCUGGAGGCUUUAGGAAAGCUGCAAAAGAGGUUUUAUGGCAAAGGACAGCGCAUGGACUGCCCCAUCCGGACCUACUUGGUGACAGCUCGCAGUGCAGCCAGCUCUGGAACCAGAGCCCUAAAAACUUUGCGCUCAUGGGGUUUGGAGAUCGACGAGGCUCUCUUUUUGGCAGGGGCACCCAAGGGCCCCAUGCUUGAGAAGAUUAGGCCGCACAUUUUCUUUGAUGACCAGAUGUUUCACGUGGAGGGGGCCGCUGAAAUGGGGACAGUAGCAUGUCAUGUGCCCUAUGGGAUAGCUCAGAGAAUUACCAAGAAAGGGAUUAAUGGCAAAGAGACUUCUUUAGCAGCCCAGGAAUCCUAAGCGUCACUAAGAAUAAAGGGUUAGCACCUGAGAUUGUCAUUAUAAAGCAAUGGAAUUUCAUAACAUCAAAUUUGCAGUUAAUGACAAGUCAGCUCCAAGGGUCAUUUUUACAUUGAUUGUUACAUUGUCAGUUAAGAAAGAGGUACAACUUUCUAAUAAUGGUUUUAACACAUAUUAUAUUUUAAUAUAAUAAUAAUAAUAAUAAUAAUAAUAAUAAAAACGCCCAUAAGUCGUGAUUAAUGUUUUUUUUUGUUUAAUAAGAACAAUGUUUGGGUUUCAGCUUGUAAACGUGUAUUUUGUUGAUUGGACUGCAGAGGCUAAGAUCAAUUUAUUACCCACUUAUUAAAGAUUCACUAACAUUUAUUUUUGUAUUAUUAUUAAACAGACGGGGGUAUAAACACCAGUCAAUGGGAUUAUUUAUAACCUGCUAUAUAAUGGCUUAUACUGUUCUAUAAAGCAUGAGUGAAGGAUUAUUUAACCCUUAACGCCAUUUAAAAAGUAAAGCCUAAUUAGCCAUUAGCCAUUAUGCACCUUUUAUAAAUAUUGCCUCAUUAGAACAAUAAUUCAAUACAGUUUGUCAAAAUUACUAUUUUUUAGGAAUUUAACUUAUACCCUUGGAAGGGUACAAGCGGCCGAAAUGGGUUUCCUCAGGAGGGUGGCUGGCGUCUCCCUUAGAGAUAGGGUGAGAAGCUCAGUCAUCCGAGAGGAGCUCGGAGUAGAGCCGCUGCUCCUUCGCGUUGAAAGGAGCCAGUUGAGGUGGUUCGGGCAUCUGGUAAGGAUGCCUCCUGGGCGCCUCCCUAGGGAGGUAUUCCAGGCACGUCCAACUGGGAGGAGACCUCGGGGAAGACCCAGGACUAGGUGGAGAGAUUAUAUCUCCAACCUGGCCUGGGAACGCCUCGGGAUCCCCCAGUCGGAGCUAGUUGAUGUGGCUCGGGAAAGGGAAGUUUGGGGUCCCCUACUGGAGCUGCUGCCCCCGCGACCCGAUACCGGAUAAGCGGAUGAAGAUGGAGGGAUGGAUGGAGGAAUUUAACUUAGGUACCAGCAACCUCCUGCAUUAACUUCUGUAUUAUUUUAUAUGUUUACUCCCAUCCAUAAACAGCAUAUAACUCUUUAGAAAGACAUAAAGUAAAAUUAAUAUUUAUUUAAAAUAAAGCAGAACCAAUUAUUAGAAGUUGGAAACAUCUACAAGUCCUAAACAAUAUUUCUUUAGACGCCAUGAAACAUCAGUGAUUGAAGAUGACCUGGAAGUGCUAACUUGAUUAGAAGCUACACCGCUGCACUGAACACAUGCAUUUAGUCACUUUAUGCAGAAUCUCCUUUGGGAUUUAUAAAAUAUAAGAUUUUACUGCUUGUCUGUGUGUUUGAGAGUUUUUUCUGGUGCCUUUUUCUCACUAAAUUUGGAAUUUACUUUUGACUUUUUUUUUUAUCUUGCUUGUUGUUGGUAAAUCUAUGCUGAACUUGUGGUUAUUUGAUCAAUGUAUAUGAAUGUAUUUUAAGAUUGCAAAUGGAUGAAAUGGGAACAUUUUACUUUAUAUUUAUUCAAUUUAAUUUGCCUUCUUAUUCAGCAUUUAUUGAAAUCCAUUGUAUGCAAUUUUAAUUUCUGCUACUUGUCCCUAAAAUGCUGAAAGCUGUGUGUAUCCCUUGUCGUUGCCUGUCUGUCUUAUGUCAUUUAUGUGUGUUGUUAUUGAUACUAUUGGUCUACUGUUCUGUGUAGGAGUGGGAAGCAAGUUUGUAGUAGAAAAAAGACCAAACUUGCUCAGAUGAAGAAUCUGAGUAAAUCGGGGCCAAACGAGUACUGUGUUAUGCAAACAAGUUUUUCUGUUUUAGUAAAAAUGACCACCCUUCCCCGUAUUUGUUUUAUGUUAGACAACAGUUUCAAACUCGGUCAAGAAUUAGAAUAAAAAGCAAAUGCUAAGACAAGAGUUGAUGGCGGUCAAAUUAUUCUUCCGGUUUACAUCAGACACCUGAUCACAUCACAUGAAGACCAGUGAGUCAGCCAUUUUUGCAAUACUCAAAUGUAAUAUAUAUUGAUUAUAUGUUUAAUGAAUAUACAAUGAUUAGCCCAUAGUAGCCUGAGUAAUCAAAACUCAGUAAACUCUUUACACUACAAAUUAAAAACGAAAUGUUGUUUACAUUAUUGUUGCUCAUAGGUUUGUUUUUCUCAGAAAUUAUUCUUAGUGAUAGACAUGAACUUAUUACUAUAGCCUCUCCAAACCAGUUAUGCCUCAAGGUCAAGGUAACUUUAUUGUCCGCAAGGGGCAAUUGUUUGUACAGCCAGCAGACAGACACAAGAUACACAACAAUACAGCAACAUGAAAUCCCACAAUAUCUAAAACAUAAUCGUGAAUAAAAUACAUUUAAAAGGGGUCUGGCAAAUUGUUUAAAAUUUGAACACUUUCCUUUCAGCUCAGUUAAGUCUCAUUUCAGAAACAGGAGGCAGAAACUCCCAAAGCUGA